CAAAGAGAAAGUUUCUUAACAAUAUAAAUACUGGACAACUCUGCAAGGACUAGGGGUUUAAGGCCUACCAUAGUGUUAAUCUGGGCCUGCUCAUAAGAGUUCUAAGAGAAUCACUUAAGAAAUAAUUUCCAAUUUAUUGAUGAAAACGAAAUCGUAAACUUUCCAACUGAAUUUUUGAAUUCUCUGGAUUUGCCAGGAAUGCCACCACACAACCUUCAAUUGAAAAUUGGUUCACCAAUUAUUCUUCUACGUAAUUUAAACCCACAACAAUUAUGUAACGGUACACGUUUAGUCAUAAAAAAAAAUGACCGAAAAUAUUCUUGAAGCAACAAUUUUGUCGGGAAAAUUUAAAGGAGAUAUCGUCCUGUUGCCACGUAUUCCACUGAUAGCGUCGGAAUCUCCAAUACCGUUUAAAAGGCUCCAAUUUCCGAUUUGUUUAGCUUUUGCGAUGACUAUAAAUAAAUCUCAAGGCCAAACAAUGUCUAUUUGCGGUUUGGAUUUGGAAAACACAUGUUUCUCACAUGGACAGCUAUAUGUUGCCUGCUCACGUGUAGGAAAACCAUCAAAUCUCUUCGUGUUAGCGAAAGACAGGUUAACCAGGAAUGUUGUACACAAAGUAGUACUUAGAUAAUUUUUAGUUUUAAUAAUUUAAUUUAUUUUUGUAUGUUUUUAAUGUAUAUAGUAUAUUUUGUA